AUGAACUAUAGCUUCAUGUCCAACAACGCCAGCCCGCCUGGCGUCACAUACACGAUGGGGAGGCCCAUAACUCCAACCUUAACCAACACAUCGCCAAGCACCACCAAGAACAGUCAAUCGGCCAAGUAUGGCUCUGGGAACAACGAAGAGCUCAUGGACAGCAACAAGGCUGGAGUUGGAAUCUUCUUCGCUCCGAAGGAGGGGAACAAGAACAUCGUCUUCGUCAAGUCUAUUGUGAAGGGAACCUCGGCAGAUCGCGAGGGAACCGUCCAAGUGGGCGACAUAAUCCAAGAGGUCGACGGGGUGGAAGUGAAGGGGUCGGCGAUGUCUGAGCUUCGCUCUCUAAUCCUCGGGGAAAUAGGGACUUUCGUGACAUUGCAGUUCUUGCGUGAGAGUGCAGAUGGAGAGCUGUUUGAGUACAAGGUGUCGCUGAUCAGGGGCAAUGCCUCCUUCUUCUCCCAACUCAAGGAAAAAGUUAGGCUGCAGGAAGAAGUAGACCGAAUCAGACUUGCUUACAAGUCCGCGGAAGAAACGAGGGAGGACCUUCGUGCCAAGUUGAGCAUGCUGGAAAACGACACCAACUCUGACAGAAGCGAAAUCGAUGAGCUGAGACGUCUGCUUCGCACAACGGAGGAGCGGUUGCAUAGCUUGCAGUACUCCGUCAGCCAGUAUCGUCGUGAGAAGCAAGAGAUUGAAACGAGAGUCAUAGCGGCCAAAGAACAACGCGACCAGGACAUGAGGAGCCUCGAGCAGCUCAGAGGAUGGCUCACACAGGCCCAGGACAAGCUGGCCAAUGCGCAUCAGUCUCUAGAGUCUACCCGCAAGAACAAGUUGGAGCAAGAGAACUAUCUUCAGAGCGAAAUUAACAAGCGUUCAAGCCUCGAGCAAGAAGAGAGCGAACUGAAGAGAAGGAUGGAAGCUGAGUACGUUUCUCCGCUUGCAGUGUAUGAAAAGACCUGCAGGGACACUCAGGCUGAAAUCGAGGAGAUCAUUCGCAAGAGAGAGAUGAUUCAGUCCAGAAUUUCUAGAAAUCUUCAGCAGAAGAACAAGGUCUUGCGUUUUCUAAUACUGAACCAAAUGCUCCAAGAAGCUGAAGAAGCCAGAUCGAACAUUGAUUCGGCAAGGGCAGAGAAGGAAAAUAAGAACAAGAACAUUCAGGCUGAGAUCAUGGAAGUAGAAGAGCAGAUCAAAAAGCGUGAGAAGAUCAUCGACGAUCUCAAGCAGAAGCUUGAGAAUGAAAGAGAAAGAAUGGAGAACGCUCUGCGUUUUGAGCAAGAAAGCAGAGCUGAGGAAAAUGCCAGAUACCGCAAGUCUGAAAAUGAGCUUCAAAAGCGAUUGAACAGCACCAAAGAUGAGUACAGAAGGACCAAGGAGGAUUUGGAUACCAAGCAGUCGAAGUUCGAAGAGAAUGCUAUGCGCAUGGGACAGGAGAACAAAAGCCUUGAGGCCGCACUCCAGGCAGAAGAAAGUCUGGCAGAGGCUCUUCGAGAGAGAAUUGCAGUCCUCAGAGACCAUCUGUACAAGAUCGAAGAGGAAAAGAACAAGGUCCACGUGGACCUUUCAGGUGCCCAGAACCGACUCAAGGAUGCAGAGGCAGAGAAAGCAAGAGCUCUGGAAAGAGAAAGGCAGAUGAGCGAAGAGUUGGAGAGAGAGACUGCAAAGGAACCCGAGAAGAUUGAGGCCAUGGAGGUGUUGAAGAUGCAGCUGGAGGAUGCAAGAAUCGACAAAGAAAAGCAGCUCUACGAGGCCAAAGUGCAGGAGAGGAUGCUCUCCUUGGAGAACGGGGACUUGCAGCAUGUGCUGGAAAGAGCCUACGAGGACGGGAGGAAGAUCGUGGACAAGGAGAGGAUGAGAAUGCAGAGCGACAAUGACUUCAAGAGAUCACACGAAGAGCUUCACAAGCAGUGGGAGAUGCUGCACAAGUCCCAGGUCACAAGUCUUGACUUGCUCCACAUCCUACUCCCCACACUGUGCUCGAGACUUGAGCUGACGGGAAGGGAUUUCGAGGACUACAGCAGGGAGGCAUUCAUCUUCCCCGAUACCGCCCCGAAGACCUCAAGGCCGCUCGAGGUCCCUCCCUCCAACAACACACCCGUGAAGAUGGCGUACUCCAGCUUGCAGUCAAGUUCGAACAAUGGAUAUGUCACUUCUUCGCCGUCCAUGGCAACAUAUUACAACUCAACUCCAGUGACUUCGACGAUCCGUCAUCUUGUUCAGGAGUCAUCGUUCUCAAAUGACAAUGGUUCAUUUAUCUAG